GGGAAAAUCCAUUCCUUCCUAGUUAGACCGUCUGCCCAAUCCAUACUAUACCACAAUGGCUGGAGACGAACAAGACCGCGCAGCGCUCGUCAACAGACAACUGCCAGAAAUGACCCUCUCAACAGCAGACAAUCCUCUUACUGCGCCUCAGCCACCGCCAGAGGGGCUGUCUGCAGCACAAAGAGCCCAGUACAGGUUUCAAGUCAAGGGCAAUGCAAUCAUCACCGGCGGCACCGGCACCCUCGCCCUCGAAGCCGCCCGCGCCCUCCUCGAACACGGCGCGACCGGCCUCGCCCUCUGGGACCUAAACCCGGACAGCGCCUUCUCAACCGUCAAAACGCUACACUCCCAAUUCCCACACGCCCGCAUCCUCACCAUGGCCGUCGACGUGCGCUCCGACACAGCCAUCGCCGCCGCCCUCUCCGACACGCUCAAAGUCCUCGGCCAAGUCUCGACGCUGCUCUGCUUCGCCGGCGUCGUCGGCUGCACGCACGCCAUCGACAUGACGGCCGACGAAUGGCGCCGAACCCACGAUGUCAAUCUCACCGGCUCCUUUCUCUGCGCGCAGGCCGUCGCCCGCCAGCUCCGCGACCAGCGAACAGGCGGUAGCAUCGUCUUCACUGCCAGUAUAUCCGCACAUCAUACGAAUUUCCCGCAGCCUCAGGCCGCGUAUAAUGCGUCCAAGACGGCGCUGUUGUCGCUCGCAAAGAGUCUGGCGGCCGAGUGGAGUAGCUUUGGGAUUAGGGUCAAUUGUGUGAGUCCUGGGUAUAUGGACACCAUUUUGAAUGAGGGCGAGGGGCUCGAGAGGGCGAGGACGACUUGGAAUGCGAGGAAUCCCAUGGGCAGAAUGGGCCAUCCGUGGGAGAUUACGGGGGCGGUCGUGUUGCUGUGUAGUCAGGCGGGGAGGUAUAUUAAUGGGACGGAUAUUAUUGUCGAUGGAGGGGCUAUGGUGUUUUAGGGCGACGGUAGAUGAGCCUUAAGCAGAGAGCUUCGAUAGGCCUGCAGUCCGAGUUAGUGCAUCAAUAUUCAAAAAUGACAUGUGACGAUUGAUGUGU